AUGGCUGGAAAAGGUCCAAGUCUCAGGAUAGUGGACUCCAGUGAUUGCAACAUAACAAUCCAGUACCUCACUGACCGCUACCUAGAGUUCAGAAGUUGUGUGAAUACAAAAACAAGUUUGUGUCAUCUUUUGCUUGAUGAAUCCUGUGUAGUCAAAGCUGAUAGGGUCCUUAUUAUUCUGCUAUGUCUUCGUCUCCUUUCAGGCCCUGUGAGCGUCAGAUCCUGCACUGAAAUUAAGAAGCUCUGCAUUCAGAAUGAAACCUGCAACAGGCUGCUGGUGCCUCGCCUCAGCGCGUGUCCUGAAGAUCCGGCACAGUGCAACGCAUCCCGCUGCCAGAUGGCGGUCCAGCACUUUUAUGAGAAGUUGCCCUUCAAUAUGGCCGAAAUGCUGGCCUUCUGUGACUGCAGUGCAGUGGAUGACGACUGCCUGCACCUGAAGAGGUCCUUUCACGACAGAAUGUGCUCAGGAGACAUCACGCCAUCCUCGACGUGCAUCAAUGUACUGGACAGAUGUAUGGCGGACGCAGCUUGUAGGCACAGGUUUGACGCAUUCCAUUCAAAGUGCUGGAGUGAAGGACAGGAGGUGUGUAAUGGAAGCAAAGACUGCCGAGCCGCCUUCAUCGCCACCAGGGGGACGGUCUUGCAGAUCCCCUGUACGUGUAAAGGCUUGGAAAGGUCCCAUUGGUCCAAGUGCAAGCAUUUCCAGAGCCUGUUUCAUGGGAAAUCCUGCUUUGGUACGUUGAACUUUAUUAUGGAAUGUACACGGUUGUAG